GGAGGCACAAGGUUCCUCGAAAGCAGCUGAGCCUGGGUCGUACCUAAUCGAACGCGAUGCUUUCUUUGCGGAAAAACGUCAAGAGGUCAAAAAUGCCCUACGCGGCGAUGCCAGUGCUGUCUACGAUGACCUUUUUCCUGAUACAGCUAGUGAAGAAACUGACGCUCAACACGUGAAUCUACC